AUGGCGUCAACUUCACAAUCUUCGGCAUCCAGCCCCCACACGAAGCCGCCCCUCGCCUCGCUCAUCUCCACGCACGACUUCGAGGACGCCGCCUCCCGCACCCUCACCCCCAAGGCCUGGGCCUUCAUCUCCUCCGCCGCCACCGACCUCACCACCAGGCGCCGCAACGUCUCCGCCUUUGCCGACAUCUCCCUCCGCCCGCGCACCCUACGCGACGUCUCGUCCAUCGAUCUGUCUGCCUCUAUGCUCGGCCGCCGGAUGCGCAUGCCCCUCUUCUGCAGCCCUGCCGCCAUGGCGUCUCUCGUCCACCCUGACGCCGAAAAAGCCAUCGGUACCGCCUGCAAGGCCUCGGGCAUCGCACAGUGCGUCUCCACGAGCGCCAGCUACCCCCUCAGGGACAUCGUCGCCGCCAUCGAUGCCCACCCCGUCGAUACACCCCACGACACGCCCGUCUUUUUCCAGCUCUACGUCGACAAGAACCGCGACAACACGCGCAGGCUCAUCCAGGGCGCCCGCUCGGCCGGCGCCCAGGCCCUCUUCGUGACCAUCGACGCCGCCGUCCCGGGCAAGCGAGAGGCCGACGAGCGCGUCCCCGCCGACGUCCCCAUCACUUCGCCCCUGUCCGGCACGGCAGCCACCAACGACGCCAAGGGCAGCUCCAUCGGCCGCACCAUGGGCGCCUUUAUCGACCCGUCCCUCUGCUGGGCCGACAUCCCGUGGCUGCGCAGCGUUGCCCCGGGCAUGCCCAUCGUUCUCAAGGGCAUCCAGACCAGCGAAGACGCCGUCCUGGCCAUGGAGGCUGGCGUCGACGGCAUCGUCGUCUCCAACCACGGCGGCCGGAGCCUCGAUACCGCCCCCGCCACCAUUCUGAUACUGCUAGAGCUCCGCAAGAAUUGCCCCGAGAUUUUCGACCGCAUGGACGUGUGCGUUGACGGGGGCAUCCGUCGCGGCACCGACAUAUUCAAGGCCCUCUGUCUGGGCGCCAAAGCCGUGGGCAUCGGGCGAGGGCCACUCUUUGCCGUCAACUACGGUUACGAAGGGGUCCUCAAGUACAUUGAAAUCCUGAGAGACGAGCUGGAAACGACAAUGAAGCUGUGUGGAGUGACGAGCCUGGACCAACUUCACCCCGGAUAUCUGAAUACGCUCGCCGUAGACCACCUCAUCCCGGCGAAGCAAAGUGCCGAUUUGGCGACGCACAUCAGGAGCCGACUGUAG